UUUCUCUUGAAGAUGUUACGUUAGGAACAAACUAAAAGCUAUAAUCAGGAGUUCCCGCUAGACACGUCACACAUGGCCAGGCGUGACAUGAUGACAUCGAGAACCAGAGCGUAAUAAAUGCUCCCGUCAGCGGCGUAUGCGCACCUUGUCAGUCAAACCUUGACAUUCGCUCAAGACGUACGACCGUCAACGAGCAAGAUGACGCUGGGAAAUCUUUUGUCUCAAAUGGGAAUAGAGACGAAACAACUUACAGAAAGAUUUUCCCCGACAGACUACGGCGGUACGGGAGGACACGACUCUCAUACGAUUUACGCCUACGAACCUCCCGCCCCUCACGUUCACGUUGCGUCUUCUAAAUAUCAUCAUCAUCAUGGCGGAGGAGGUGGACAUAAAAGCAAUUCAGCAAUGUCAGCUCUCACACUUCUGGCAUUUCUAUUCUUCCUUCACAUCCUCCAGCAAUGUCUUCGGGACCACAUGAUGUCCAUGACUACGUCGACGCCAAUCAUGAUUAUGACAGCUGGACGAGAAGGCGAAGAAGCAAUACCAAAAAUCAACGACAAACUUGAUAAAUCAGGUGUGACAGAUAAAGCAAAACAGAUCACGGAAAUUAACACCGAAAACCAUAAAAUGUACGAUAAUUCAAAUGCAAAACAAAAUCCAAAUGGAAUUGAUAAUCAUAAAGAUAUGACAAAGAUCAACGCGGCCCAGCAUACACCGAAAAUAGGUGCCGAAAAAUACAGAAACGUAUUAAAAAAUUACGGAAAUCAUAGUUAUGCACUUUCUGGAUUUGUUAGUGCUAUGGAUCUUAAAUAAUCCCAUGUGCUAAUGCUAUAAUUUUAAUUUACGUAUCUUUCCAAAUUACUGUAUAA